GUUAUCAGCGCUGUUAAGUAACAUGACAAUCUGUUUAAUGCAACGCGUCAGCUUUUUAAACAAACCAAUUUCGUGGGCAAUUAAUAUAAAUUGGCGAAUCCACCGGCUGACCAUAGAUGCAAUAUCGAUAGAGGAACCAAGAUGGAGAGCCUCUACCACCAGACCAAUAAUGCGGUAAAGGAAAUUGAGCGGGACUUCCAGCGGUUGAGUCAACUUAGUCCCCAGGAAUCCCUUGACGUGGAAAACGGAAUUCAACUGAAGAUUACCCAGGCCAAUUCUAACUGCGAUCGAUUGGAUGUGCUGCUGUUUAAGGUUCCACCUUCCCAGAGGCAAAGUUCCAAACUUCGAGUGGAUCAACUGAAAUAUGACUUAAGACACCUGCAGACAUCCCUGCAAACCGCCAGGGAACGAAGGCAGCGGAGAAUGCAGGAGAUUUCGGAAAGGGAACAACUACUCAAUCACAGAUUCACGGCGAAUAGCGCCCAACCGGAGGAAACCCGCCUUCAACUGGACUACGAACUGCAACACCAUUCCCAGCUGGGAAACGCGCAUCGAGGAGUGGACGACAUGAUAGCCUCGGGCAGUGGCAUCCUCGAAAGCCUUAUAUCCCAAAGAAUGACCUUGGGUGGCGCCCACAAGCGAAUUCAGGCCAUUGGGAGUACAUUGGGUCUGUCCAAUCACACCAUGAAACUAAUAGAACGCCGGCUGGUCGAAGAUCGUCGGAUAUUCGUUGGCGGCGUGGUGGUCACUUUGCUUAUCAUCGCCCUGAUCAUCUACUUCUUAGUGCUCUAAGAGCAAGCAGCUUGUUUGGGCGAGUUUAAAUUAAAUGUACUCUAUUUUGUAAA